AUGGAAUCUGAUUCUAAUGACAAGAGCAGAAGGAGGAGGUUUAGGAAGAAUAGCUUGUCCUCUAAUGAGUCACACUCUAGUUCGGAAUCUGAUUAUGAUUACAGGGGCAGCAAGAGGAGACUUAAGAAGAGGAGGAGACAUAGGAAGUAUAUCUUGUCCUCUGACAAGUCUUCUGAUUCAGACUCAAGUUCGGAAUAUGAUUCUGAAGACAAGAGAAGCAGGAGUAGGCUUAGGAAGUAUAGCUCGUCCUUUGACGAGUCUUCGGACAAGGGGUCUGAAUCUGAUUCUAAUGACAAGAGCAGCUGGGGGAGGCUCAGGAAGAACAGCUCAUCCUCCGACAAGUGUUCUGAUUCAGCCUCUAGUUCCGAAUCUGAUUCUGAUGACAAGAGAAGCAGGAGAUUGGAAUCUGAUUCUGAUGACAAGAGCAGUAGGAGGAGGCGUAGGAUGUAUAGCUCGUUCUCUGACGAGUCUUCUGAUUCAGACUCGGGUUCUGAAUCUGAUUCUGAUGAAAAGAUAUGCAGUUUGUCCUCUGAUGAGUCUUCUAAUUCAGACUCAGGUCCAGAAUCGGAUUCUGAUGACAAGAGCAACAGGAGGAGGAGCAAAAGGUAUAGCUCGUCCUCUGACGUCUAUUCUGAUUUAGACUCAGAUCAGAAAUUUAUCCUGUUGACAAGAGCAGAAGGAGGAAGAUGA